GAUUUUGUGGAAGACACAUAUUACAACGCAAUAUAUAAAGUCACACCUGAGGAUUAUUUGCGGCUGAGGGAUGUUGAAAGCACUCUCACUCUAAAUUUCCAUGACAUAUACGAGGUUUUGGAGCGGAUUCUGGUCAACAUAGAGUCGACAUCGCACGAGGAGCAAACGUGGCUCAGGAAGCUUGAGAAAUACCUCGCAAUCUCCCUGUUCGAAGCAACGCAGUUGGUUUUGAUCGUUGUAUCGCCUGUCUAUGCAACGUGGCUGGUGGCAAGAAUGCAGCUGGAUUGGACGAGGAAGGUUCCUGGCAUCUUGCUCACCCUUUUCCUCAUCAGUGUUGUAUGGACAUGGAAACAUCUAUAUGAGCAAGCAAUAGCGGAGAAGGCAGCGGAGUUAGCACAGAGCAUUCCUCCGGAGUGUAACCCUCAGGAGAUGACGUGGCAGCAGGCAAUCUGGGGCUACUUCGUGGCCCCGUCGAUGACCGUGCAGAAAAAGACGGCAUGCGCGAAGUACCACGAGAUGCUAAUGGUCAACCCACUGUGGACUGUUCCCCCAACACAGGCGGUGGCUGUCACCGUGAUACGCAUCGUGUUACUCUGCGCGUGUUUGCUCAGGCGGUGGCUGUCACCGUGAUACACAUCGUGUUACUCUGCGUGUGUUUGCUCAGGCGGUGGCUGUCACCGUGAUACACAUCGUGUUACUCUGCGCGUGUGUUUGCUCAGGCGCUGGCCGUCACCGUGAUACACAUCGUGUUACUCUGCGUGUGUUUGCUCAGGCGCUGGCCGUCACCGUGAUACACAUCGUGUUACUC